ACCCACACACGGCUGCAGUCAUCCGACGUUUCGUCGUGUGCAGUGCAAACUUCUGUAGUAAUCUCAUCAGAUUGACCUAUCUUACGUCGCAGGAAGGUCGUGUCCGGUGGUAGUUGUCGGUCGUGGAUAGAUUGUUUUGCUGCCAUUCUGUUCAGGAACAAUCCUGAAGAUCGUCAUUGACUGGAAGCAGGCAGGACAAAGCGCCAGAGGAAGUCUUGCAAGUUGAAACUACCCAACCGGUCAAAUCCCAACAAGAGGAGCGUUAAAAUGCUGCGAACAUUAGCCGCACGGAACGAAAAACUCAUACUCCAGGGUUCUCGUAAGGUACUACGAGAGACUGCCAGCAGAGCACUCAGCUGUGAGGCAGUCCGGAAAGUAAACAUCCAAAGGAAUUCGCAUAAAUGGAUUGGUGUUUCGCCGAAAGUGGCCGCUGUGUGGCAGGUCAGCUUCGUGCGAGGCUACUGCAGCAAUUAUCCUGCACACUCCAAAGUUCUACUGCCGGCACUUUCACCCACCAUGGAGUUGGGUACGAUUGUCAGUUGGGAAAAAAAGGAAGGGGACAAAUUGAACGAAGGUGACCUGCUCGCUGAAAUCGAAACCGACAAGGCCACGAUGGGAUUCGAAACACCCGAGGAAGGAUACCUCGCCAAGAUCCUGGUACCUGCCGGUCAGAAGGAUGUACCCAUCGGGAAACUGGUGUGUAUCAUUGUUGAGAACCAGGAAGACGUCGCCGCCUUCAAAGACUACAAAGACACGGGAGCCCCGGCUGCUAAGCCAGCAGCGGCAGCUCCGCCUCCACCGCCGGCGGCUGCUCCACCGGUUCCGACACCACCACCGGUCGCGGCGGCUCCACCACCGUCUCCAGCACCGGCAACAACGCAAAUGACCGCAGUGGAACAACGUGGGCCACGCGUUUAUGCCAGUCCCAUGGCCAAAAGGUUGGCCGAGCAGCAAAAGCUUCGGUUGGAAGGUCGAGGAACUGGUUUGUAUGGAUCAGUAACAUCUAAGGAUCUUGCAGGUAUGAAAGCCGCAAGUGCUCCGGAGGCUCCCCAUGCUGCACCAAGCAUUCCUGCAGGUGCUGCUUACGUUGAUAUUCCGGUCUCAAACAUUCGAGCCGUCAUUGCCAAGCGACUGCUCGAAUCGAAGACCACAAUUCCGCACUACUAUCUCACAGUGGAUGUAAACAUGGACAAGAUCAACAAAAUACGCGCCAAGUUCAACAAACAGCUGGAAAAAGAUGGCGUCAAGCUAUCGAUCAACGAUUUCAUCAUCAAAGCGGCUGCCAUGGCUUGUAGAAAAGUUCCGGAAGCCAAUUCUGCCUGGAUGGAUACAUUUAUUCGACAGUUCGAUGCUGUGGACGUUUCUGUCGCAGUCUCCACUGAUCGUGGGCUGAUCACACCCAUUGUUUUUGGAGCGGAUCGUAAGGGCCUAACCGACAUUUCCAAGGAUGUCAAGAAUUUGGCAGCGAAGGCCCGCGAAGGCAAACUGCAACCGCAGGAAUUCCAGGGUGGUAGCUUCAGUGUGUCCAACCUCGGCAUGUUUGGCGUGACUCAUUUCUGUGCUAUUCUGAAUCCACCGCAGAGCUGCAUUCUGGCAAUUGGUGGUACCCAGAAGCGUAUCGUACCUGACAAAGACUCUGAGAAAGGGUGGAAAGAAAGUGACUUUGUUGCAGUGACCCUCAGCUGUGAUCAUCGCACAGUGGACGGUGCCGUUGGCGCUCGCUGGUUGCAGUACUUCCGCCAGUUCCUCGAGGAUCCCCACUCGAUGUUGUUGUAAAUUGACUAUCCAUGCAGAAAAUUACCAUGCCUUAUUGAUGAAACAAAAAAGGCGUCCAUUACCGCAAUGACAGCUCGUUUCGAACUGGCUAUAUUACCAAUCACCCGGCGGAAAAAUCAGAGAUUUUGUACAGUCAUCCACUUAGAAUAAACGAUCCCAAUGCAGUGUACAUGGGAGAAUAAAACAACUGUCUGCCAACUCACAUAAGUAAAAGUCAUGUAGUAGCUAUUAGAAAAGAAUAUUGAAAAAUCCAUCGUAUGGCCGAGUAUAAACGGGGAAACGACGAAGAUGCAUGAUGCACCCGUAUGCUGAAUUUACGCCACAAAAAGAUCUGGGAAAUAUGAUUAGAGUCAAGAAAAAGUCGAACAACGACAUACGCAGCGAUUUUUUUUCAAAUUAGUUCUGAACAUUUUAAUUCGCACCAUUGGAUUUUUUCAACCAAAUUGGCAAAUAGCGCUUCAGUCAGAUCGGUCAAUUGAAUAUUGUGCGUAGCUAGAGAGUGGAAUCAAAUUCCAAUAACACUUCAUUCAAGUUUUCAUGCAGGGAUGCUACUCAUAAUUGCGUCAGUAGUUUAGUUAUUUAGUCGCAGCACACGAGUCAUACCACGUAAAAA